UUCCAAGCCCAGCGUCUCCAAGGGCUCCUCAGCCAUGAACAUGCCCCAGUCAUUUGGCACUGCGAUGGGGUUCUCUCUGUCAGAUACCCUGCCGGCUGCCAGCCUGCCUAACGUGCCACAGAACCCUUCGGAUCAAGGAUCUCUGUUAACUGCUGAAGAAAGCAUCACUUACUUAGCACCCAUGGCAGACACAAAUAAAUGCUGGCCCAUCCGGCCAACGCUGCGGAAUGAACUGGACACAUUUUCAGUUCAUUUCUACAUCUUUUUUGGACCCAACAUCUCCAUCCCUCCAGACCGGGCAGCGAUAUUUGCCAUCAACCUAAUGCCGGUGCUGGACAGUGGAGGUGUCCUCAACAUGGAGCUCAAACUCAAUGUGUCUUCAGUGAGAGGAGAGAAUAUUACGAUCUUUGGCUGCCUGAAUCAUGGGAUGCCGCUGUCCCUUCACGACAACACAUCAGUCUCAUGUGAAUCUGAGUCAGUUUCAGGAUUUCAUCUCUCCAUUAACACCACCACAAAUAUCACCAAGCUGAGGAUUCCCUACCCACAGACAGGCACGUGGUAUCUGAGUCUGCGGUCCCUGUGUGCCACUGAACACGGAUUUGAAAUGUGUAAUAAUGUGACAGCUGAGGUGUAUCUUCGCUCUUACCUGACCCCCUGCAUCAAUGACUGUGGCACCUAUGGCCAGUGCAAACUCCUGCGCACCAACAACUACCUGUAUGCUGCAUGCGAGUGUAAAGCAGGUUGGGAUGGCUGGGGUUGCACGGACAACACAGAGGCAUACUCAUACGGCUUCCAGCUGCUCUCAACUCUCCUUCUGUGCCUCAGCAACCUGAUGUUCGUCCCACCUGUGACCAUCGCCAUCCGCAGUCAUUACCUGCUGGAGGCGUCUGUCUAUAUAUUCACCAUGUUCUUUUCCACUUUUUAUCAUGCCUGUGACCAGCCAGGCAUUGUGGUCUUCUGCAUCAUGGAGUACGACGUGCUGCAGUUCUGUGACUUCCUCGGCUCACUCAUGUCUGUAUGGGUCACUGUCAUCGCCAUGGCCAGACUCAAAUCCAUUAUCAAACAGGUGCUGUACUUGCUGGGGGCGAUGGCUCUGUCAAUGGCCUUACAGCUGGACCGCCAUGGCCUGUGGAACCUUCUGGGCCCCAGUCUUUUUGCUUUAGGCAUCAUGGCCAUCGCCUGGACUGUGCGCACCAUCCGCCGGCGCCGCUGUUACCCGCCGACCUGGAAGCGCUGGGUCUUUUUCCUGUUCCCUGGCACCACCAUUGCCACAUCAGCGGUGGCCUUAUUCGCCUUCGUGGAGACGGAGGAGAACUACUUCUAUAUCCACAGCAUCUGGCACAUGCUCAUCGCUGGGAGCGUCGGCUUCCUUCUGCCGCCUCGUGCCAAACCUGACGUUAAAGUCACUCCCCUGAAGCGGCGGCGAGGCUGUGGCUACCAGCUCUGUGUGAACGAGCACGAGGAGAUGGGACUGGUGGACCCAGCGAUCAUUACCAUCAACAGCAUAUGCACCAGCUGAUGAUGUUUAGCACCAUGGACUUUUAUUCGCCUUUCUUCUUCUUCCUUUGGAAUAUAAAAACAUGGAAAACAAAGCCAGAGAACUUACUGAUGCACUGUAAAUAACUUUUGACCGAAACACACACACACACACACACACAUAUACGUCAAAGUUUUUUGUCAUUGUUAUUUGAAUUACUAUUAUCGUUAAUAAUAUCGUUUGCAUUGUUAGUAUCUGGGAAUGGUUUGUGUCAGUACACCGAUGCACUG